UGCUGCGGGAGUUGUCGAGUCAGAUGUGGACGGCAACGGAGGGCCGAGCCUCCCUGAGAGAGGUGACGGUGACGCUGCCGAGGGCUUGGAGGACAGACGCCCUCACCUGCUCCCUCCUCACGCCUCUCAUGCCCUCGUCCUCGCCCAAGGAGGGCCACGUGCGCGUCACGGCGCCUCACCCGGUCUUCGGAGCCAGGCCGUGGACGCAGCAGAGUCAGGGCUGCGGCCGUGCCGGCGACUUUAUCCAGAUGGGCGGCGAUCUGCUCCGAGCCGCCAGCAACGACUCUCACGCCCACGUGGCUCGUUUGCUGCUGACGGAGUGGGCUAAAUUCCGGUGGGGAGUGUUUGACGAGCGCGGCCACAACAACGACCCACUCUACCCGCCCACCUUCCGUGACCACAACACCCACCAGUGGGCGGCCACGGGGUGUGCUGACGGCGGUAUUAAGGGCACCACUUGCGACCCCACACAGCCUGGUUGCUCCUUCUCGCCCGAGCCUUAUAGCAACAACCACCUCAGCACCUCGCUGCUCUCCUUCCCAGAGCUGCCCACCGUUCGUCUCUUCUGCAACGACAAGAACCACAACCACGUCUCUCCUACCAAGCACAACGCCUUGUGUGGCGGCCGCUCAGUCUGGGAGAUCAUCCAACAGACCCCAGACUUCUCCGGAGGGAGAAACUCCGCCAGCAAUGGAAGUCGAGGCCUGGAACCCCUGCUGAGGUUCGUACAGCAGGCGAACCCUCGCUAUAUCUUCGUCAUCGAGGACACCGCCACCAUGAACCUGCAGCGGCGCUGGGAGUUCCUACGCAAGGCGAUGCGACGUGUGGUGGUGUACGACGUGCCUGACGGUGCUCACGUGGGCGUGGUGACCUUUAAUUCCGUAGCGAGGACCGUCGCCCCACUCACCUUUAUUGAGAGCGAAGACUCCGACAUGAGGCAGCGUGUAGGGUCAUCGCUGCCCCGCAACCCGUCACCCGUUCCUGAGAGUCAGAAGUGCAUUCUUUGUGGCAUGCAGGAGGCGCUGAGGGUUCUAGACGCCGAUGGUAAGAACGCCGACGGCUCCACCCUGAUCCUCAUCACUACAGGAUCAGGACAGACGCCUCAGAGGGAUUUAAAUGAGAUGACAAGCUUGACAGAGCAGAGGCUUUUGAAGGUCGAAGCAGUGCUGUACCCACUGACCGAGCGCCGGGGUGCCGCCGACACUUCUCACGGCCUCGAGUCUCUGGUAGAGGCAGCCAAAGGCUCCAUACACACCGUCAUGGACGAAGGUGUCGGUAACGACUCGAAGGUGAAGAUGAUGGUGGCGCUAAUGGACGCCCUGUUGGCUAGCGUGCAACACAAUGCUCCGCCCUCGGCAGCCGGAUCCCCGGUGCUAGUCCACAACGCUGCCUACCCUGGGGGUAUCGCCUCCAUGUCUGCAGGAUCCUUCGCUCUCGAUGACUCUUUGGGCCCAAACGCUCGCUUCUCUGUGUACUACUACGAUCUGAAUCACGUGGGUAACGCUAUCCAGCUCACAGCUCCCUCAGGGCAUAUGAUCGAAUCCGUGAAUGUGCAGGAGGAAGAUGGUGAUGUCAAUAUGAUCUUCAUCAGUCUAGAGAAAGCCGAGCGUGGCUUAUGGACGUAUAGUGUGGAGAACCGCGCCGACUCCCACCAGGGACUCUACGUGCAGGUGACGGCCAAGAGAAACUCGUCGAUGGGUCUACAGGUGUUACUCUGGACGAGCUCUGGCUCCCGGCCCGUCAACUCCUCCGACCCGUCGAUGCCAGUAGUGAUCUAUGCGGAGGUGAAGGAUGGCGUGGCACCCAUCAUGGACGCCCGUGUUGUGGCCAAACUCCAGAGGCUCGGCACCAACGCCACUGGCAGCAACUACCAACCUAUCUUCUUAGAUCUCUGGGACAACGGCAUUGGAGAUCCAGAUAUCACCAAGGGCGAUGGCAUAUAUUCCCGCUACCUGCCGCCUCUCCCUGGUAACCCCGGUCGGUACCUCCUGAGUGCUGACAUCGACUACAACAGCGGUCUGGCGGUGAUAGCUAAGGGGCCCCCAACGCGUCACCACAAGAGUCCAUCGUCCCAUCUGCCCCACUACUACCAACACAGCUACGACAACUGGAACAACGAGCAGUCGUGUUGCGGCUCUGUCCUCCCUCACGUUCACACUCGCCGUGCCCCGCCCUUCCUGCGGUACGUCAUGUGGGGCGUGCUGGAGGUUGUGUCCCCUCCUAUUCUGCGGGAUAACGUCCCUCCGUCACGCAUUCUGGACCUCCGGGUGGAGGUGAACGACACCGUGCACGAGAUAAGCCUUCGUUGGACGGCCCCGGGGGAUGACUGGGAUGUAGACCGCGCCCACCAUUACGAGGCGGUGGUGGCGCCCUUCUGGAGGGAGGCAAGGUCCUUCCAGGGUGACCGUCUGACUGGCCUGCCUCAGCCGCUUCCAGCAGGCACCCUUCACACCACUAGUCUCCACUUCACGAGAUACGAGGAGCUGUGGUACGUGACGGUCCGUGCCGUGGACGAGGCCGGCAACAUCGGUGGAGUGGGCAACAUCGCCGCCCUCUGGGUGCCACGACCUCCUACCACCUACGAGAUCACCACCAGGACGCAGCCGGCGCUCACCACCUCUGGAAAUUACACGAUGCCGUCAGAACUGGGAUCUGGCCGGCCAGUGGGCAUGACAGAGCUCCAGAUAGAAGAUGUGGCGGUGAUCUUAGGAAGCAUCGGUGGGUUCCUGAUAGUGGUAGCAGUGCUAGUCUCCUAUUGCUACUGCCACACCAGCAAGAGACGUAAACAGAAACACGAGAAGGACGUGGAGAAAGUUCAAGGCAGCAGCAGUGUUAUGGUCAAGUCGAGGUCUCUGGGUCUCGAGGAGGGCGGCGGCAGCCACGAGUCACUGGACAGUGUUGUGAAAGACGCACCGGAGCCAACAAGGGAUGGCAGACCGCUUUCUCCCGUCCAGUCCUGGGGUGCGACGACUCUCCUGCAAGAACAUGAGCGUCGACUAUCUGUGCACAGCGGAGCUGCUGAAGACGGCGUGGUUGCCUACCAGGUGGAGGGCGCUCCUCUCCAUGCACCCUUCCCAGAUGUUACCGUGACGGACUACCGGCCUGUGUCUACUGGUGGCGGCAUCGAGACCCCGGUCUACGUGCCCUGCCCGCACGAGGAAGCUCCAUGCCAUUGUGCCGUCCCAGGACCAGACUACACUAGCUAUGCUGCCGCCUGGGACGAGCCCCUAACAGGCCAUCUCCUGUCCCGCGCCCGCACCGCUGCCCCAACGCCCGCACCUCACCAGCCGCACCUUCCACAGGCUGACCGCAAGCGUCGCAAUGUGACCCAAGUGUAAAAUGUCGCUGGUACGGCGUUUCCGCCGGUAUCGUAAGGUACCAAGAGGCUCAGGUGUGAGGUGCUCUCUGCUCAAUUUAGCCCCUACUUAUUAUAAACAGUCUUCGUGUUCUGACGAGACCAGACAAGUUGCAGUGCUGAAAAGUGUCGGAAUCUUCCGAUACUGGAAUCGUGAUGGUCGCUAGUGUGUAUUUCAGUCCAAAACAAUGUGCUCAGCUUGUGCUGCUGUGCUCCUUGGCCCUUUAAAGAGGGACUGACACUGUCUUUUCGAGUUCCUCCAAGAAAACUUCUCAUCUGGCAAGAAACUUGUUGCAACUCUGAAACUUUCGUCGAGUAUUGAAUUGUUUGAAAUACUGACCAGACAGUUUCAACCAGACCUUAAGAAAGAACAACUCAGACAUUAACAUUGAGCAGUAAUAAAUCGUGACAAAGUAUUAAAGAAUAAAAGACAUGUGACCCGUGAAGAGAUCUCAAUGUCUGCUUCACUCGUUCUUGCUAUUAAGGGAAAUGUCGUAAAAUAUUUCAGUUGAUGAAGUGAUCUCAAUUGCAUUACCAUUAUAAUCGUAUACAUCGGCUUUUGUUUGAAUGACGAAUGGCUGAAUUGUUUCAGUUUCUGAAUGAACUGUAUCAUGAACGAAUGUGAGGGACCAAAUAUAUUCUGUAUUCAGCAAUGUUUUGAGAACUUUACAUACCCAGUUUUUUAUGAUCAUCUUCAUUUAAAAAAAACGCAUAUCAUUAAUCAUGUAAUACACUGGAGAAAUUCUCAAAAUAUGUAUAGAUUUAAUGAUUUAUGUGAUAAAUGUGUACAUAACUCAAUGUGAUUAGAUUUCUUAAGUGUCUUUCUACCACCUCACCCCCCCCCACCCCCUGGUUCUAAAUCUAUUUUCUUUAAAUUCGUUUCGGUAUAUUAUCUUCCUCUAAAUAUCUGUACAUACGUCUGCCAACCUGUACAUUUUCCUAUACAUCACUGUCUAUAUUCUCUCUUCUCAGGAGGACUUGGAAACUAGCCAUGACGGUGAAAAUAAAAUAUUUACAUUAAUCAUCCAUCUUAAACCCAUUCUUACAUUCAUCAGCCAUCUUGUUUAAUUCUGUAAGCCUGAACCCAUUCUUCUCUCCACCAGCCCCACUAACACUUUCUUCCCUCAGCAAUACUGACCUUUCCCACUCCCUACCCUCCUAUCAUACUUGCCCCUUCCAUUCAGCAGCCCUCUUAACACUUCCCUCCGCCAGCCCCACCUGGACCUUCCCUCCGCUUGAACAAGAAGAAGACCCUUCUUAGAAGAAGGACCCCUUAGAAAGAAAGUAUUAUAAGACCCUUCUAACAGCCCUCCUGAACUUUCUCUCCACAUCCCUGAGCUUCUAGAUCCAUUAUCCUCCUCCAUCAUGUAUCAUCUUGAUUCCUCUCUACCUCACCCUCCAUUACACGUCAUCUUAAACCCAACCUGCCUCAUCCCCUAUCACACGUUAUCUUAAACCCUUCCUGCCUCGCCCCCCAUCACCUGUCAUCCUAAACCUUCCUUGCCUCACCCUAAAUCAUUUAUCACCCUGAACCUUCCCUGUGUCACUCUCCUCUAAAUCUGUAGAACAAAAAUCCCCCACAGAAUUUACACUUUUCUUGACCAAGCCGUCAAGGCAUGAACAGGGUGUAACGCUUUUUAUGUUGUAAAUGCUUUGUGAUAAUUAUGUGGAAAGGAAGAAUAUCCAGCUGAAUUAGCAUAUAGGCUUAGGCUAGGAUUAUUUAGUGUUUUGUAAGGCUAAAAGAUGAUGGUGAGACUGGUGUGUUAGUGAGAAGCAAUGAUGAGCCAUAUUAUUUACAUUAUAUAUAUAUAUA